AGAAUGACCGACCCCCGUCCGCAGUCCGCAGGCACUGAUUGAUCAAAGUACAUGUAAUAACCAUCAACAAGGAUUCGGUUCGCUGUGGGCUCUUGCGGUGCAGGUCAGGGUCCGAUCCAACCAACUCUGCCGCAAAAGCUCGAGUGAUUGACAACAAACCCACACAACACGAAGCAUCAAUAUUCUCCAGAUAGAUGUAUAUCGAGCACGAGAUAGUUGUUAGAAAGUGAAUUCAAUCUCAAAGCUAAGCGCAACAUGGUAGACCUGGACCGCAUGCAGACGCAUUUUACUGCGUUGUUGAUUGACGCCGAAAAGAACAAUCAUUCGUCUUUCACAUCGUUCACCCUGGUGGCCGACAAUCCAGUUGCCCCCAAACAAGUCAAGUCAGCAAAGGCCACACAAGGUCUCCCUCGACGAUCCAAAUCUGUUGGAAGUGAUGCCAUUGUGGUUCCUCGCUUUUCCAGGCGCCGCAACACCACCACCACCACCACCAACACCAACACGGCAAGCAACAGUAGCAGCCACAGCAGACCUAGGCCCACCAAGAAGGUCCCCAGACGAUGUCGAUCAGCGCCUUGUCAGAUCCUCAAACGCGACACAACAAGCCCGAUUGACCCCGCAGAUUGCCCCCGUUGGAACAACGAUACUUCUUGUGGCUGUGCCCCAAACUUUCACAUCAAGUGUUCCAAACCUGGGUCCAAGGCUCCUCCACGGGUACCUCGCAGAUCUUCGGAUGACGAUCUGUGGCCAAUGGUGGUUAAGAUCAAUAAUAAGUCAAGCCAUCCUCCGAGGCGACCACGACGCAAGCGGGGAGACGCCUUGGUGGAACCAAACGCCAUGCCUCCCAGAUUCCCCUCGCGAAAGCCGGAUCUCGAAGUGGAUGUCUAUGGAAGCAUUGCAGCAUGAGGAGUGAAGACUUACGACAUGCACAACACCAACCACACCACACACACCACACACAAGAAAACAAAUAGAUGUAACCUUAUAUAGCUUUAUAGAAUUGGCUGAGC